AUCUCAACGCCACUCCAUCUCCCAUUUUCCCCUCAGCUGCUCUCAUUCCUCAGGAAAAUAAAGAUCGAACUUUCGGAGACAGAGAAAGAGAAAGCAAAUCAAAGCAUGGUGUUGUGAAAGUGGUAUUCCGACGUAGAAAAGCAUAGUAUACAAAACUAAAUCUCCUUUUAAACGAUUCAUUCAUUCAUUCACAGAAAAGAACAAAGCCUUCCUCUUUCUUUGCUCCUGUUUCCAAGAGAGAAUGUGAAGAAGAAGAAGCAGAGAAGCUGUAUAAACGUUUGAAGGGACUUUCAGAGGGAUUCAAAAUGCACUCUUUGUGGGCUUGGCUUCUUUCAAGGAAAAAGAUAUUUUGGUUUACAUCAUGUUAUGUAGUUUGUAGAGCAGUUGGAUGCUUUGAAUCCCUUUGUCUUUUCCAUUCCUUACCAUAAAGGCCAAUUCAGUGCGAUAUUUGCUGCCAUAAUGUGAACCUGAUAUCAAUCAAUAAGGAAUUCCACGUUGGGCAACCUUAACUGCAAGCUAAAUCAUCAAGAAGCCUUUCUUGUCUUCCUCAGAAACGAAAAAGAAACGCAUCUGGUUUUUUGUGAAGCUGUGGUUUAAAUGGCUAAAGUUUGUUGGCCAUACUUUGAUCCUGAGUAUGAGAACCUGAGUGUCAGAAUCAAUCCUCCAAGCAGGGUGUCUGUGGACAACACUAGUUGCAGAGACUGUACUGUUGUAAAGGUUGACAGCGUGAAUAAACCUGGAAUACUUCUGGAAGUUGUGCAAAUACUAACAGACCUCGACUUCAUUAUUACCAAAGCUUACGUCUCCUCUGAUGGCGGAUGGUUCAUGGAUGUGUUUCACGUCACUGAUCAACAAGGGAAACAGAUUACUGAUGGAAAAACCAUCGAUUACAUAGAGCGGGCUCUAGGACCUAAGGGCCACACCACAGAUGGGAUGAAAAAUUGCCCUGGCAAACGUGUUGGGGUGCAUUCUGUUGGUAAUCACACAGCAAUUGAACUCAUUGGGAGGGACAGGCCUGGUCUCUUAUCAGAGAUCUCUGCUGUCCUUGCCAAUCUUCACUUUAAUGUGGCUGCUGCAGAAGUAUGGACACAUAAUAGACGAAUAGCAUGUGUGCUGUACGUCAAUGACGAUCCCACCAGCCGUGCUGUGGAUGAUCCAAACAGACUGUCUAUCAUGGAGGAGCAGCUUAAGCACAUCCUGCGUGGUUGUGAGGAUGAUGACAAAGUGGCUUGUACCAGCUUCUCCAUGGGAUUCACACAUAUUGAUCGGCGGCUUCACCAAAUGCUGUUUGCUGAUAGGGAUUAUGAAGGUGGUGGAGUGACAACUGAGGUUGACUAUCCUCCUUCCUUCAAACCAAAGAUCACAGUUGAGCGUUGUGAGGAGAAAGGGUACUCAGUCGUUAGUGUCCAGUGCAAAGAUCGAGCUAAGCUGAUGUUUGACAUUGUCUGCACACUUACAGACAUGCAAUAUGUAGUUUUUCAUGCCAACAUCUCAUCGAAUGGUCCCUAUGCUUUACAGGAAUAUUUUAUUCGCCACAUGGAUGGCUGCACACUUGAUACUGAAGGUGAGAAAGAAAGGGUUAUUAAAUGUCUAGAAGCUGCAAUUCACAGAAGAGUAAGUGAGGGUUUGAGUCUGGAGCUCUGUGCAAAGGAUAGAGUUGGUUUGUUGUCUGAAGUAACGAGGAUUCUCCGAGAGAAUGGAUUGUCGGUUAGAAGAGCAGGGGUGUCAACAGUUGGGGAGCAAGCAGUGAACGUUUUCUAUGUGAGGGAUGCUUAUGGGAAUCCAGUAGAUACAAAGACGAUUGAAGCGCUUCGCAAAGAAAUCGGACACACAAUGAUGCUUAAUGUAAAGAAGGAUCCAGCCAGUGCCAAAGCACCUGAGGCUGAGACCAGUGGAUGGGCCAAAACAAGCUUCUUUUUUGGGAACUUGCUGGAAAAGUUCUUGGCUUGAGAAAAAAACAAAGGAAGUAGUUAUUUAUGUUCAUGUAUGGCUGUAACACAAACUCUGUACCGUAUAGGAUAAUGCAAGCUGUUGCAUACCAACUAUGGGAAGGACUUGUUAUCCCUGCUUUGUUUAAAAAUAAAAGCUUGCAAAUUGUGAAGAUUGGACUUUGGAAAUUAAGUGCCUCUUUGCUUUUCUUUUUAUCU